CUUGCCUGGUCCCCUCACCAUUCUGCUUAGUGUACCUGCACAGAUUUUGGUCUCUGUGGCUUCUCCCCCACCCUUCCUCUUUAACACCCCCUGCUACCCCUCCCCUCCUUCUGUACUUCCACUCCAGCCUGUCUGCUGCUACACAAGCAGAUUUCAGCAAGCAGCCUCUGAAACAGGUAGAGGACCAGAUUGUUCUCAGCAGCCUAUGCUCCCAUCUAACCUCUAGGAGGGGUGCAGGAGAUAAAAGAAUGUCUCUGUUCAGCUGCAUACAAUUAUUUGGUUUUAUUGUGAUUGUCAAUCACGUUGUCUGUAUGAGCAUGUAUGAGACCAAAGUUAAACCUAAGAAAAGUUCUGAGAAUAGCCAGUAUGACCAAGCCCUUUGGCCUCAUCAGACUCAGGGGAGGAAUCACAGAAGGUCACAGAUGUCAAAGAAAGAUAGGACUCUUGGAGCUUUGCCAACCCCAGCCUUGCUACCAAGCGAAGAGGCGAUCGGUUCCUCACUCUGGAGAGUGGCAGGGGAAACAGGGCAGCCAAGUGCUUUGAAACAAAACAGAGAUGAACUCCAAACCUUUCAUUUAUCCUAUAAUCAACGAGUAAAUCAGCAAGUAGAUAUUAAAGCCAAGAGAAAGAAGCACAACAGGGAUCAAAAAAAGUCCAGUAUGAAAGAUCACGUUAGACAUCACAGAGGAAGAGGCUUUGAAGUGGAACCCAGUGGCCUUCUAAAAGAAGAUUUAACCUUCAAAGGGCCUACUCAGUACACUUAUUUGGACAUGUUCUCAGGUGGUCCUACUGCCAUGCUUCCCCAGAGUACAGCUAACCCAAUGUUUAUUAAUGAGCAGCCUACAGCAGUGCUACAAACAGCUCGUCGCAUGCGGACUCAUGUAAAGAAGGGAGGAGAUGUGAUGCCAACUCUGGACAUGACCCUUUUUGAUUGGACAGAUUAUGAAGAUAUGAAACCAGAAAUAUGGCCAUCAUCAAAAAAGAAAGGUAAAAACAAGGAGAAUCCAAAUAAUGCAACUUUGUCAGUUGAAGAACCAUGUGAUCACCAUCUUGACUGUCUUCCAGGAUCUUGCUGUGACUUACGAGAACACCUCUGCAAACCAAACAACCGAGGACUUAACAAUAAGUGUUACGAUGACUGUAUGUGUACUGAAGGUCUUCGCUGUUAUGCCAAAUUCCACCGGAAUCAAAGAGUGACUAGACGGAAAGGACGAUGUGUGGAUCCAGAAACUAUAAAUAAAGAUCAAGGAUCAUUUAUUUCUAUAUAAAGUAUAUAAAGUGUGUCUGUCAACUCUACAGUAUUUAUAAACUUGGUCUUAUUUUACGGAGGAGUGUCAAACAGUCUAAGAUUAUCUUCUAUUACAGCAGCUGAAACUGUAGUUAGGCUUAAUUGGAUUUGGAUUUGGAUUGGAUUUUAUUGGUAUUAUACAUAUAAAGCAGUUAACCAAUAAAGAAAUUUAGGUUAAUUAACCUGCCAAAAAUAAUUAGAGAUGUAAACAUUAUCAAUUUCAGACAUAGCCAGUUUAAAUACACCAAUACCUGUAACAAAUGUAGCUGUGUAUUAAAAAAUAUAUUUUACAAUAGGACUCAUUUAAUAUUUGUGCAAGUACUGAGGUGCUAAGGAGCACACAACUGUGCACACACACAAAGCACUCUGGUCCCUGUUGGUGCUAACAGGUACACGUAAUCACUGUACAGAAAACCCACCCUAAGAUGUUAGGGAACUAUCACAAAAAAAUUCAAUUUUAAAAUUAAAAUUUAAUGUGAGCUUCCUCUCAUGACAAUAAGAAAUGAUAUAUAUAUAAUAAUAAAGAGUGCCGCACUCACAGGGACUUGAUACAAAAGAAAAAGUGUUUUUAUUGAAAAAAUUUUGAAAAUAGCUGACAAAAAGCUGCAUGAUUAGAGACUGAUUGCUGAGAGGGGAAUAGUAAAGAGUAAUUUUAUUAUUUCAUUACUUACUUAAUUAUUUUUAGAAAGUUCUUUAUUGCCAUAAGAAGAAGCACACAUUAAAUUUAUAUUUUCACAAUAGUUCCUUUAAAAAUUCUAUAACCGUAUUGCUUUGAGGGGAAUAGUAAAGAGUGCCUUGGUUAUUUCAAAAAAUAGUACAACAUUUUUAAUUUAUUAUAUUUAGAACAUUUUUUAUUCCACUUGUUGUAGCAUAUACAAUUUCCACCUUAGCCCUGAUGCUCUUUAUCAGCAUCAGUCUGAGGCCUUACUUACUGCAGCAAAAUUGAGUCUCCACGGCCCUCCUUUAUUGUGGAUUUUGAAUGGUGCAUAAUGAAGGGGAAUGAUAGGGAAUAGCCAUGUGCUGCUGUUCUUUUAUAUAGCACCAGCAACUCAAUUUUGUUUGUAUGUGUACUUUGCACCUUGUACACAUUGUAAGUGAUUCCUAAUAUCUAUUUUAAUUUCACUGUGUGAGUCAUAAUACUUACAGUGAAUAAUGUUAUAAUACUCUAAACACAGUCCAGUUGUAAGGAUUUUAAUUUCCUUUCAUUUUUUAAUCUAUUCUGCUUCCUUAGCACCGACAUACAUUCAUAUGUAUGAUUAGUACAAAGAUAUCAGCCUAUUUAGAGAACCUAUCUAAUCUAAGAACAAGGAGCUGCUGUGUAUAAUAUGUCUAUAGCCAAAAGCUAAAUUGGUUUAAGACCUAUAAUUGUACUUUUGCAGCUCAAACAUGAUGUAAAGAAGAUGCCAUUUCAACAAUAGUAAUAAACUAUGUUCUGUGUAUUUGGGUGGUGCUAGUCUGAAUAAAUGUUCAAAUCACUAUCCAGUUGAGAUACGGCAAAAAAUUGGCAGUGUAAGUUGUUGGCCAAUAUGUAAUCAAUGAACAGUCAGAUUUACAAAAUCCAAAUGGUCAUAUCUAUGCAUUUAUCUCUUAAUUUGGCUCUCCAUGUAUGUAUCACCUCAUUGUAAAAUGUUAUUGUUUUAAUUAUCCUGUUCUAAAGUAGUAUAUUGCAGACUUUAGCAAUCAGGCUUUGCAAACAGGGUCUCAGAUACUGUAAUAAACAGAAAGAGGCCAUGGAAAUCCAGCAUUAAUGUAUGAAUAAUUAGAUAUUUUAGAGGGUUCUUAGUUAGAAAUAUGCCUUACUAUUAUCUUGUAGUGCUGGACCUGCAUUUACUGUAGAGCUUUGCCAGCAGGGCAGUUUUGCCUGUGAAGUACAUUUAAUAUGUGUAAUAUUUUUUUCACUGUAAAUAAAUAAUGAAAUUGGAAUAA